AUGGAAGAGAAUGAAGAGAGUGGAGAACUGAAUGAAUUGAGUUCCUCACAGAGUGAAAGUACUUUGCUGAAAAGAAGUGCCAAGACAUCUUUAACCUGCCCUCAGUGUGGAAAGAGUUUUGCUUACAAAAAAAGUCUUAAAGUUCACAUGAAAAUCCACACUGGAGAGAAACCACACACAUGUGAUCAGUGCGGGAAGAGUUUCACACAGAAAUGCAGACUUAAGGAACACAUGAAAAUCCACACUGGAGAGAAACCCUACACAUGUGAUCAGUGUGGGAAGAGUUUCAGUAAGGCGAACAGCUUUAAAUUACACCUGCGUUAUCAUUCUGGGAAAAGACCCUAUACCUGUGAUCAAUGCGGUAAAGAUUUUUUCAGGACAGAUGCCCUGAAGAACCACCGGAAAGUUCAUACACAGGAGAAGCCUCACAUUUGUUCUCUGUGUGGAAAGAGUUUCACUGAGCUGGCUGCUUUAAAAAAACACCAGAAAAGACACAGCGGUGUGAAGAAUCAUAUGUGCUUUGAUUGUGGGAAUGUAUUUUUUGAUAGUGCUCAACUGAGACGGCACCAGAGAACUCACACCGGAGAAAAACCUUACAAUUGUUCACACUGUGACAAGAGUUUCAGUCAGUCAGAACAUCUGAAAACACACGAGAGGGUCCACACCGGAGAGAAGCCGUACCCAUGUGAUCAGUGCGGGAAGAGUUUUGCCCGAAAAGGACACCUUAAGGGUCACAUGAAAACACACACUGGAGAGAAGAAGUAUCAUUGCACUCAUCCUUGUAGCAUCAGCAGAUCUUAAACAGAUUCUUACA